UCAGGGGAUGACGACACUGUGUUGCAUUGGGCACUUGGGCUCAGCUGGUUUUUAUAUAUAAUUGUAAAAAUUGCACUCCCAAAAUCUUAGUAAUUGCAGUAUAUUGAGAAGCGAUCAUGGCUUCUGUGAGCACCGAUGUGAACAUGGUUUCUGCAGCCGAGGCUUCAACGGUUUCAACAUCAUCAUCAUCUGCCAUUAGAAAAGCUAAUAAGCGUUUGGAGAUCAAAAAGUGGAACGCUGUGUCUCUCUGGGCCUGGGAUAUUGUGGUGGAUAAUUGUGCUAUUUGCAGGAAUCAUAUCAUGGAUCUUUGUAUCGAGUGUCAAGCUAACCAAGCUAGCGCUACAAGUGAGGAGUGCACUGUGGCUUGGGGGGUCUGCAACCAUGCAUUUCACUUCCACUGCAUCAGUCGAUGGCUGAAAACCCGACAAGUAUGUCCAUUAGAUAACAGCGAAUGGGAAUUUCAGAAGUACGGUCAUUAAAACUCCGUGUCUUGAUCCUUGCUGUCAGUUUUUCUUGCUCUAAUGACAUUAAUUUGGAUACUCGAAGUAAUGCUACAACUAUACUUGAAGCAAGUCCAUUUGUUUGUGUACUGCAACACCCAAACUAGAUGCGCGCUCUUGUAUUACGAAUAUUAACGGGGGUGUAUUCGAUUGGGAUUUUAAUGCAUUGUUUUUAGUCUACGGAUUUUAAUGGAUUGUAUGGGAUUUUAAUUUUGUGCGGAUUCUUGAUGAAAUGUCGCAGAGUUGAUAGGAUUUAGGUACAAUGCUUCAAAAUCCCAUUGAAUUUGGUGGGAUUUCAAAAAACUUAAAAUACACUGAAGAAUGCCACAAAAUCCAUCAUUUUAUGAAAUGAAAAAAAAUCCAUCAGCAUUUGAAUACCAUCAGAUUUUAAUGGAUUUUAAACAAUCCCAAUUGAAUACCAUCGGAUUUUAAAGCAUAAUUUAAAAUCCCAAUCGAAUACCACCAGAUUUUGUAGCAUAAUUUAAAAUCCCAAUUCAAUACCUCAAGAUUUUAAUGGAUUUCAAACAAUCCCAAUCGAAUACCCUCGGAUUUCAUGAAUGCAAAAAAAUGCUUUAAAAUCCCAAUCCAAUACACC